CUCAGCGAGGAGAUGUUCGCGAAUUUGAGAAUAUGAACCGAGCCGACGAUAAAAAAAAAGAAAAUAACCAUCCUCCUGCCUCUCCAGCUCUCCUCCCCCGAGCACCUCAUCCCGCCGCCGCCCUCGGAUCCCGCCGCCGCGCGCCCACCCCAGAAACCCACGCCCCCUCCCCGCGCCGCAGCGCGCCAUCCCCGGAUGCCCCCGCCGACGCCCCCCCCCCCCGACGGGCCUCUCGCCGCAGCUAUCCAUCCCCGGACGGCACCGCCGACGGCCCUCCCAGCCCCGACGCGCUUCUCGCCGCAGCUCUGCAUCCCCGGACGCCACCGCCGACGGCCCUCCCAGCCCCGAUGCGCCUCUCGCCGCCGUCCCCCAGGCGCGCCUCAGAUCGCCCCCCGCCGCCGCCUUCCAACCCCACCACGCACCCACCGCCUGACCUCCACCAUCCAUCGCAGCCGGCGACCGCAUCCCCUGGCUCAGCUGCACUUGACCGGGAUCCCCCAUCUCCCAGCAAACCUCGCCGGUGCACGCCACCCCCCUCCUCCUAGGGUGCUCCUCGUCCGGUCCACUCCACUGGUGUCCACGCCCCGACGCGCCGACGAGAGCUACAACUCCAUGCAACUCUUAUUUUCUUUGUGUUCUAUUGCAGGGCGACGAGUGAUGCGGCGCACCAACCAGCAGCAGGCGGAUCCGGCCACCGUGGAUACCGCACGCACGCAUCCAUUCGCAGCUCAUGGGCGCCAUGGAUCCCGCGCGCAAGCAUCCUCCCACGUCAUUCCUCUGCUGACUUACCACCACGCGCCGCCGCCGAAACAUCCCAAUCCCACCCGCCUCCCCCGUGUCACCGGCGACCCUUCGCGCUACCGCCUGGCGCGGCCGACCUCCACGGCAGCAGACGCUGUGGCUCCCUUCCUGGCAGCACCCGUGCGUCUCUCCGGACAGUCCUCUGCACAUCUAUGGCCGUUGGUCAAUGGUGUUGUAGCUACUAGGAAAGAGAGAAACGCCAUGGAGGUGUCUAGUGUUGUGCAAUAUAAUCAAAAUAUGGUGAGGCACAAUAGCAUGAGUGCCAAGGAAUUGAAGGCGCCAACGCACGCAACUGUACAAGCUUCAUCUAUACUCUAUAUUGGCUUCUUUGGUAUUCGAAUUCCCUCUGCUGAAGCACUGAAAGAGGACAUCAAGCCAAACUUCAUAACACCACCAAACCUGUCUGGUAAGAGUCGUGUUAGAUCCUAUACGUGAUCUAUUUUUGUUGGGUCAAAUCCUACGUGAUCAACGUUGCCAGAUUAUUUUAUUAGAAAAAUGUCUUAAUUAAUAUGGUUGAGAGAGAGAGGGAGAGUCCUAAUAAUAUAUGGCUAGUAGUAGUUGGGUAGAGUUUGUUAGUAUCACGUCAGGUGCAAGUUUUAGUCGGUUCACAAUCUCCUUUACGUAUCGGCCGCUCCGGCCAUGUAAGACAGGUUUGUUUUUAUCGAGAGUUAAUAGAUACAUAGAAAACGUUCCAUGUUGGGGGACAUCA